AUGGUAGUCGAAAUCCUUGACAUUCGCUCCUCUUCUCGUGAUGGAACAGUAGCCUUUGAUCUCUCCCAGGAAGUCUUGAAUGGGCUCUCCCGUCCAGUUGGAGAGAAAACCUUACCCAGUAUGCUUCUGUGGGACGAGGAAGGCCUCCGACUGUUCGACAAUGUGAUAACAACGGUUCCUGAAUACUAUCCUUUUGCGACGGAGAAGAAGAUUCUCGAGGAGCAUGCGGACGAGAUCGUGAAUGCUAUGCGUACGGGUUUGAGUCCUACUCAAGCGCCCAUCUCCCGGAACUGA